AGGGAUGUUCGCUCCCACCCAGCGGACAGAGGGCAUCUCCACCUCUGACAUCAUCACACGCAUAGUGCGAGACUACGACGUGUACGUGAGACGCAACCUACAGCGAGGAUACACGGCGAAGGAGCUCAACGUCAGCUUCAUCAACGAGAAGAAGUACCACCUGCAGGAGCGCGUGGACAAAGUGAAGAGGAAGGUGCGUGACGUGGAGGAGAAGAGCAAAGAGUUUGUCCAGAAGGUGGAGGAGAAGAGCAUCGACCUGAUCCAGAAGUGGGAGGAGAAAUCCAGAGAAUUCAUCGGCAACUUCCUGCAGAUGUUCGGCCCCGAGGGCGCUCUGGUGAGGAUGUUGGUUCAGUCUCUAAUCGUUGUUUAACCAGGCAGCAACACAUCCUUCUUC